AUGGCGCAUCUCAGGCCGUCAGCGGGGGGGAGCCUGCAGCAGGUUCUCACCUCGGCAGCCUCUGUACAGAGUUAUUUUGUAUUUCCCGCCCCCAUCUGGGCCACAGAGCGACUGUCGGAGCCGGAGAUCAGGGUCCAUCCUGUGAUGAUUGGGAACGGCACUUGCAACGUGACCUUCACCUGCAGCGCCGGGGAGAGGGCCAGGCACCUCAAUUACACCUGGACACGCCCAGCAGGAGGCGCCAUUCUCUCCACCGAGGAAUCCCUGCUGCUCCAGCACAGACUGGGGGACGAGGACUCGCCCAUCACCUGCACGGCCACAAACCCCGUCAGUAACAGCUCGGCCAGCGCCUCCCCCAAGGUGGCCUGUGAAGGUGACGCUCGCUCCAUCCCCCCCCUCGAGCGCACGCAGCAGGGAACAGCCCUUGCGGGCCUGGCUCGUACACACCCCCUGCUGCUCUGGCUGGGUUCUGGGGCACAGUGAGCACCACUAGUGGGCUCGCAGGCUUUUUAAGGGAACUACUCCCCAA